AGACCGAGCCUCGCGGCAGCGACAGCAACAGCAACAGGCGGCGGGCUCGGCGGGAGGCGGAGGCGGCGAAGGGGCGGGGAGCUCGAGGAGGAGCGAGCCGGCCCCGCGCCGCCGCCUGUUCCCCGCCGCAUGGACGAGCACUUCAGCCUCCUGCGCUCGCCGCCGCCGCCGCCCUCCGCCCGCCACCGCGCCCACCCGCCGCAGCACCCCGCGAGCGGCGGCGGCGGCGGCGGCGCCCACACGCUGGUGAACCCCGGCUACGCAGAGCCCGCCGCGGGCCCCGAGCUGCCGCCGGACAUGACGGUGGUGCCCGGGGACCACCUGCUGGAGCCGGAGGCGACCGACGGCGGGGGUGACCCGCCUCAGGGCGGCUGCGGUGGCGGCGGCGGCUGCGACCGCUACGAGCCGCUGCCGCCUGCGCUGCCCGCCGCCGGCGAGCAGGACUGCUGCGGGGAGCGCGUGGUCAUCAACAUCUCGGGGCUGCGCUUCGAGACGCAGCUCAAGACCCUCUGCCAGUUCCCGGAGACUCUGCUGGGCGACCCCAAGCGGCGCAUGAGGUACUUCGACCCGCUCCGCAAUGAGUACUUUUUCGACCGCAACCGGCCCAGCUUCGACGCCAUCCUCUACUACUAUCAGUCCGGGGGCCGAAUCCGCCGGCCGGUCAAUGUGCCCAUCGACAUCUUCUCCGAGGAGAUCCGCUUCUACCAGCUGGGCGAGGAGGCCAUGGAGAAGUUCCGCGAGGACGAGGGCUUCCUGCGGGAGGAGGAGCGGCCCCUGCCCCGCCGAGAUUUCCAGCGCCAGGUGUGGCUGCUCUUCGAGUACCCGGAGAGCUCCGGGCCGGCCCGGGGCAUCGCCAUCGUGUCCGUGCUCGUCAUCCUCAUCUCCAUCGUCAUCUUCUGCCUGGAGACGCUGCCCGAGUUCCGCGAUGAGAAGUACUACACUGCCUCGCCGUCGCAGGAGCUGUACGAGACGGCCAGCAACAGCACGUCGGGGGUUCCCGCGGGAGCCUCCAGCUUCUCGGAUCCCUUCUUCGUGGUGGAGACUCUGUGCAUCAUCUGGUUCUCCUUUGAGCUGCUGGUGCGGUUCUUCGCUUGCCCCAGCAAAGCCACCUUCUCGCGAAAUAUCAUGAACCUGAUAGACAUUGUGGCCAUCAUCCCUUAUUUCAUCACUCUGGGCACCGAGCUGGCUGAGCGACAAGGCAAUGGACAGCAAGCCAUGUCCCUGGCCAUCCUGAGAGUCAUCCGCCUGGUGAGGGUCUUCCGCAUCUUCAAGCUCUCCCGCCACUCCAAGGGGCUGCAGAUCCUGGGGCAGACGCUGAAGGCUUCCAUGCGGGAGCUGGGGCUGCUCAUUUUUUUCCUUUUUAUUGGGGUCAUCCUUUUCUCCAGCGCGGUGUAUUUUGCGGAGGCAGACGACCCCACUUCAGGUUUUAGCAGUAUCCCUGAUGCCUUCUGGUGGGCUGUGGUAACCAUGACGACCGUAGGUUACGGUGACAUGCACCCAGUGACCAUAGGGGGCAAGAUUGUGGGGUCACUCUGUGCCAUCGCUGGUGUCUUGACCAUUGCUUUGCCAGUCCCUGUGAUUGUUUCCAACUUCAAUUACUUCUACCACCGGGAGACAGAAGGGGAAGAGCAAGCCCAGUACCUGCACGUGGGAAGUUGCCAGCACCUCUCCCCUUCAGCCGAGGAGCUCCGGAAAGCGAGGAGUAACUCGACUCUAAGUAAGUCGGAGUAUAUGGUGAUCGAAGAGGGGGAUAUGAACCAUAGCGCUUUCCCCCAGACCCCCUUCAAAACGGGCAAUUCCACGGCCACCUGCACCACGAACAAUAAUCCCAACUCCUGUGUCAACAUCAAAAAGAUAUUUACCGAUGUUUAAUGUAUGAAACAAGUGACAUGCUGUGCCCAGUAUUGUGUGGAACGUGCCCCCUUGGUCUGUGUAUGCCCUUGUUUUAUACAUUUCCAGACCAUUCAUCAAGGAAAGGACAUGAAGAAGUGGAAAGCACACUUCAUUCUCUCUCUCCCUACUGCUUCAUACUGAAACAGGUGUCUGUUUUGCAAGUGGGCUGCAUUCUCUCAGCUCUCCUUUUUUUCUCUCUCUCCCUCUCUUAAUAUUUCGAACAACAAACUUACUUUAAACUUGAGUUUCAGCACAUGCUCUGUAAAAAAAAAAAAAAAAAAGACAAAAAAAGAAAACCAAACAAAAAAACUGUACAUCCUGGAAGGAAAUGAAACUAAAGAACAGAGUAACUGUCUAACCUCAGAAUCCAAAGGCAGCUGUUUCUUUACUAAGUAAAGCAGGCACAUACUUAAAGGAUGCUUCGGUUUGAUGGACCCAUCAACACUAUUGAAUAUUUAGUUCAAUUGCCAACACUGUGGAUAGGUGGAUGAAAAGUCUAUUUAGAACAAUGACUUGUAAACCCACCGUAAGUUUAUUUGUUUUCAACUGGAAUUUCUAUUUGGAAGCCCCCCUCCCGGAAUUUUAAGGAUCUCUACAACUUUGAACUAAGGGAAAUGCCCAAGAUGUCCCGAUCUGACCAAUUAGUUUAACUCUUUGGGGCUUGUUAAGCAUUUCGAAAGUAUUAGAUGAAGAGAUUCCUAUGAAAUUCUGUAUUCAUUCUAGCUAACAUCUAUCAAAGUCUAGAAACAGAUGUUUUCAGUGCUGCUGAGAGAAACAAAAAAAUUUCCUAAUGCAUCUGAGAGAUAAGCUUCUGCAGUAUCACAAGAAGAUUAAAGUGGCAGACACUCCUUCCAGCAGAAGUUACUAAUUCGGACCUGACUGAUGCAGUUCCCAUAGCAACCCAUGUUUCCCGGGAAACCCGAAAAGGUUGUCAUGGCAUCUCUUGCUCUCUAGCCCCACCCCCUAGCCCCUGCUGUUUCCACAGUAACCUUUCCAGAUGGUUCCUACUUACAUGAUUUCACAAGGAAAACCACUGUUUGAAUAAACCACACAAGUAAAGUCUGAGAAUCCAAAGUGGUGAAAUGAAUCACAAAAUGCAUAUUUUUACUACAGAAAAUCACUGAUGUCAUCCCAUAUUGACUGAAUUGAAAAGGAAAAUGUCGUCAUUGGAAUGUUAAAUAUACACUACAGUAAACCAUGAUUUGAAUGAAAUGCCAGUAAUUAGGCAAUCAUUUUAAAAGAUGCUUCUCUACUGUUUUCUUUUCCCAAGAAGCCAGCAAAUGAAGUUAAAAAGCAAACGUCAAAGUGUUCUGCACAUAAGCAAGUGAAAGAUUCAAUCAAUAUACCUGAAACCUUACUACAAGGGACCUUCAGACUUCCUCUUUAAAAACAUUAUCCAGAUCCCACAACAACAGUGUCACCAUCACAGCCCUUGAAAAACUAAAUAUACUUGAAAAAUAUAAAGGAUGCACACUUUUAACUGAGGGAAUUGCAGACAAUCAAUAAGAAGGAGGAACAGGAAGUAACCAAACCUUGGGGAAGUACUUGCAAGUUUCAGCCAUGUGCCAGGGAUGGCCAGAAGACAGCAUCAGUAGUUACGAGUUCUUUCUACCUCUCAACUGUGAAUAGAAGUGAGAGCCCCUCCCACUAAGAAAUGCAAAGAAGCACAUGUGCCCCUGAGUCUGAAGACUUACAGAAACACUGUGAGAUAGAGAGUUUGCACCAUUAAACCAUCAAAUGCAUUAAAGAAGAGAUCUGGAAAAGAGGCUUCAUCAUUUUCUUGGGAGCCAUUUUAUUAUUGUUGCAAUCUAAAUAGUGCAGAAUAGGAACUCUCGCUUGAAAAGUAAAUCCUGGGAUUCUGAUUGUUAGUAAGAUAACAUUUAAAUGAACAAAAAAUCAUGUUUCCUCCUAUCUGAAGAAUGUUAGGAAUAAAUCUGUGCGUGCAGGGCUCUGACUUUGCAGAUCCAGGGAUCAUAGCCCCCAGCAUGGUGAUAGGGAAUGGAGAGGAGCUUUUUCUCUACCGAUGAGCCCCCAACCUCACCCUCACCCCUCCCUUGAGAGCACAAAGGCUCUGGGGAGUCUCUAUGGAGAUCCCCACCAACUCCUUAGAAUGAAAAUCAGCAUUGUGCCUACGUGUUAUAGGCCAGUCAGCACUGCUGUUUCACUUGUUUUCCACUAAGUUUAUUUUAAACUCUUUUUCUUUAAGAAUCCUAAGGUUCUUAUUUUUUUGCAUUUAAACAUGUUCCUUAAAUUAAAGCCUUUAAUUUAAUUUGGAAGAGAAACCAGUGGGGUUAAUUUAUUACACACACGCCCACACACACACACACACACACACACGCAUGCACACACACUUCACCUCUUCAUAAGUUAUUUCCUAUCCUAAGAUGUAUUUACUUGUUGUCUGUAGAUCUAAACAGUCUAAUUCUUUUUCUGAAAAUUAGUGAAUUUCCAAAAUAUUUGCUUUCAUUCAUAUGUGCAGCAUAAACAUUUACAAAUCAUUUUUAUUUUUCAAAGUCUUGCUUAAAAGGCAGUUUUAUUGUAUCUAUUAAUGUAGUAAUAUGUAUUAAAUUCAAAAAGUAGUAAAUACAUUCAGUCUAUAACUGAGUUUUGUCAUUUCGCCUCCUAAAUAUCUCUAUAAAGAAUCCACUUUUCUAGAUCGCUACCACUACCAGAGUCUAUACUCCUAUCACCUCUAUGCUGGAUAAGUGUGAAGGUCUCUUAACUGGCCUUCCCCCAUUUCCUGUGGCCAACCUGACCCUUUCUCCACCUGCUAGCCAGAAUGAUAUUUUCGAGACUCAAUCUGAUUAUAUCACCUGCCUCUGCUUAAAAUUCUCUCAAGGUCUUUUCCUGUUCUUUGGGUCUAUUAGUAUAGAGACCCAAAGGCCUAACAUAGCCUUCAUGGCCCCAUAGGAUCUGGCUCAGCCCUCGUGUCUAGCCUUAUCCUAUACCUGUGCUCCUUCCCUCAUUCUGCUGUACUCCAGCAACCCUGAUCUUCUUCCAAUUACAGAAUAAGCUCCCUUUUUAAGAAUGGGGAUCUUUGCAAAUGUUCCCACUACUGGCCCCUUCCUUCCCUCCUCAUCUCAUUCACUUCUAUUUUUACUUCCUCCAAGAUAUCUCUCAUGACUAGUUUAAUCAAUUCCUCUAUUAUGGUAUAUUUCAUCAAAUUUAAGUGCUUUUGAUUAUUAGAACCACCAUUAUUUUAUAUGCCUUUAAAAACAAAGAAAACCUGCCAAUUAUACAGGAAAGUACCAGUGAUUUUAAGGUACAUCCUAAUUUCAUAGCUGCUCAAAUCUAAAACAGUAUAUCUUAGAAUGAGUUGAAUAUAGUAUGUUAUCUUGACAUAGCUGUAAUUUUACAUUAAUUUGUGUUGUAUAAUUAAUGUCUGUUUCCUCUGUGAGAGUGGGGACUCUAUCUCUCUUUGUUCACCGUUGAAUCCCUUCCCAUUCUCUCUGGAAUCUGUUCAGGCUUUCACCCCUACCACUUCACCAAAAGUGCACUUUUCAGGGUCAGUGGUGACCUCCUAUAGCUAUACCCAGGGCCAUUUCUCAGUAGUCAUUUCAUUUGACCUAUCAGAAGCAUUUGGCACUGUAGAAUACAUUCCCACUUCUGGGAAGAAAUUUUUCAUUUAACUUUCAGGAUACCACACUCUGGAUUUUCUUCCUACCUCUCUGACCUUUCCUACUCAAACUCUUUUACUGGUUCUUCCUCACCUCUCCCGGGUCUUCAUGUUGGAGAAACCCAUGCUCCAUGGCUUAGUCCUUAGACCUCUUUUCUUUCUGAAUUCAGUCUUAUUCUCAUAGCUUUAGAUGAUCUAUACGUAAAUUUAUAUCUCCCACUUGGACCCCUCUCCCGAACUCCGGAUUGAAUUUCCAAUUGUCUACUUGACAUCUCCACUUGCACAGCUAAUGUCUAUCUCCAACUUAAUAUAUCCAAAACUGAGCUUCCUUCUCCUCCCCCACCCCCGCCAUCAAGCCUAUGCCCCCUGACUUCUUCCCCAUCUCAGUUACUGGCAACUUCAAUUUUCCAGUUGCUCAAGCUAAAAUCCUUCGAAUCGUCUUUCUCUCUUUCUCUUACACCCCUUAUCCAAUCUGUUUGCAAAUCCUAUUGGCUCCACUUUUUAAGUGUUUCCAGAGUCUUACCACUUCUGCUACCAUCCAAGCCAUCGUUAUCUCUCAUCUGGUUUUUACAGAUGAUUUUCGACCCUCCUGACUGGCCCCCUGCCUCCUAUCCUUUCCCCUGCCUGAGUCUAUUCUCAACAUAGCGGCCGGAGUGUUCCUUUUAAAACACUUGUCAGAUCAUGUUACUUCUUUGCAGCAAAACCCCCACUUGGCUCCCCGUUUCACACAGAGUAUAAACUAAAGACCUUACAGUGGCCUACAAGGCCCUACCUCAUCUAGCCCCCGUUACCCUUCUGAUCUUAUUUCUGAUUCCUCUUCAGAUUCAUCCUUAACUGCAGCUGCACUGGCCUCCUUGCUUUUCCUCAAAUAUAUCUGGCAUGCUCUAUUCAGGUCUCUGUACUUCCUAUUCCCCUGCCUGGAAGGCUGUAGCGUCUGCUCUCUGCACGGCUCGUUCUUUCACCUCCUUAGGUGUCACUGUCUCGGUGGAGCCUCUCCUGGCUGCUCUGUUUAAAAUUGCCACCUCCACAGGACUCCCUAUACCUUCCUCUGAUCUGUUUUAUCCUCUAAAAUAUUAGACAUUUCACUUACUUUGUUUAUUGCUGUCUUCCCUUCACUUCCAUGAGAACAAAGAUUUUUGUCUGUUCUUUGGGACUGUAUCCUCCAAGGCCUAGAAUAUUACCUGGAAUAAGGUUAGUGCUUAAUGAGUAUUUAUUUGAGGGAGCGAUGAGAAGAAGGGAGUAGCAUUCCAGUUUGAGCGUUUUUAAACUACAAACAAAAUGUUUGUGUUGUGUAUCUAUGCUUCAUUUUAUCACUGUGAGGCUUGUACUCCUCACCAUGCUCUUUUGGAUGAAAUUCCUCGUAAUUGGUUCACUGGAGAAGCCUUCCAUUUGGCAAAACAUGCUCCAGCAGGGACGUGUUAAAUAUACAUUAUAUGUGAUGUCGCUUCUAAUCGCCAAGGGUAUCUGGAAGUCAGAAUGCCUCACAGAGACGGUGUUUCCUACCUAAUAGCUAAUAGAAUGCUCUUUAUAAAUGAUAUUCAGUAUAUACUUGUUGACUGGUUGACCCAAGUAGUACAGACAGCAAAAAUCAGAACAAGCAAUUAAUAUAUCCAGGAACUUACCUAUCUAGCAGACAUUCUAAGAAACUUCCCUGUAAGUUCAGUCUUGGUUUCAGUUAAUAGUGAGUCCUUAAACACCCAUGGGGUCUUCAGGACUAUGGAAACUGAUUGAAUAAAUUAUUAGAGAUCUCAUCAAUGAAUCACGUUAAAGAAUUAUAUUACUGUACAUAAGGCCUUACUGGAUAAAAUUAUUUCUUUUACAAUAUAACCUAAUUUUUCAUGUAGUUGUCAAGUUAUGUGGUAGGAUCACAAAAAUCGGCUAUUUUUAAAAGUGAUUUGUUCAUGUAUGAAAGAAGAUCCAUCCAUGAGAAAUAAGGGUGGAUUCUUAGAAUGACAGUUAUAAUGGCAAAACUUAAGCUGCUUCUAAAUAAAAUAAGACGGAAGGUGAGAGACAGUCCAGUAGCAUAUGUUGGUAUUGGGAGAUUCCUAGCAGCCUUGAAAAGCCAAAGUGUAAUAUGGAAUUACUGAAACUAAUUAAAACAUUGAUAUAAAUGAGUACUGCAGACAUUGCCAUGAUUUUAGGCAACAUGAUAACAAAUGCACUUUCUCCUGCUGUAGGAAAUGGGGAUUCUUCUGAUGUGAAUAGCAAGGAACUUUUCCCACACCACUUGUGAAUUUUCUCCUUUCCCUGGAUUUCUCAGGCAGACCAGACCAGAGAUUCACCUGGGUGUUGCCUCUGCAUAUGCAGUGGCACAAUUUCCUUACCAGAUACGUCACCAAAUUAAUCCAAGCUAAUGCAUGUCUGCAUAUGCUUGAGAUUACAUCUGUAGACCAGUAGAACUUAGAAACUCUUUCAUCUUCUGUCACUUUGUACAAUUAAGGCCACAUAGGACAGAGAUCAUUUCUCUCUUCUGAGGACACAUUGUUAGGAUUUUUUAAAGAAAUGGCACAGACUAGAGAAUUGAAAAUGCAUAAUUUUCAUUUCUUUUUUUUUUUUCUGGUUUUGGGUGAGGAAUUGUAACAUUGUUUAUUUUUAUUAUUUAACUCAGUAUGGGUUUUUCCAGAUAUUCUCUUGUAACCUGGUAUAGCCAAGGUAUUAGAUAUUUAAGAGGCAGCCUCACAUGCCAUUACAUUUUAUAUUUACCUCAGGUAAGACUACAGGACAAAACAAAAUACCUGGUGUAUUUGAGGAAGAGCAAUGUGUAUUUGAGGAAUUCACUAAUCUAUUACUUUUAUAAGAAAUUGUCAUUAAAAUCAGUUAAACAAGAGUGACUCUAUGUGAGAUUUAAAAAUGUAGUAAGCGACUAAAAACCAUAGAGAGAAAUAAUUUCUCCAAGUAAGAACUGUGUCUGAGUUGCUUUAUACCUAGGUUCUGUAAACUUUUUACCUGCAAACAUUUUAACUCAUUUUGAAAGGUCAACUUAUAUUGCUAUAAAUUAUAUUACUAUAAAUAUAUUACUAUGUGAAUUGAGGAGAUUUAUUUUUAGUAGACCUAAAUACGAUUAAAGUAGUACUGCUUACACCUCACAGCUCAUUUUCGCAUGACUUUCAGAUUUUUGACAAAGCUCACAUCUUGGCACAUUACCAGUUUUAAUUACUGCAUGAGUUUAAACUUUUUCUGCUCCCCAAGAGUGCAUAAUUUUCCAAGAGGACAAUCAGAGAAUUAUACACAACUUAGCAAGAACUCUUUCUAGUCCUUGGGGCUAAUUCAUGACCAUUUAGCUGGUAGAAUUUGUAGAAGUUGUUGAUGUGCAGCCAACUGCAAGUUAUUUAGUAGAUGUCAAAGUAUAGACACACGAGGACAAAGUUCUCAUAACACCGCGUCACGGAAUGAUUUCAGCUUUUUCCUCAUCAGACACGAGUUAGUGAGGCUAACAGGUAACCUGGAUAUCUGCACCUCUUUCAUUUAGGCCUGAGUAGAGGUAUCUUUUUCACAGACUUGACAGCUAUUGAAAUUUGACUAUUCUUAUCCUUUUUUCUUGCUUUAUAUCUUAGAAUAUUUAUUUGGUCAAAUAUUGAUAUCUUCAAUUAUAAGUCACCAUUAUACUUUCUUUCUCUCUUCUGUAAUUUUGAUACUUAAGUCAAUGUUCAUUUUUCUAAGCCCUUCAACCAAUUUCUUAGCCACUAAUAGAAACAAUAUGAUUACCAUCUAAAAUCACUUUUAUUUUUUGUUUUGUUUCUGUUGAAUUGCAACUCCUUCUGCACCUACAGUCUAUUAGGAUGCCAAGCUGUACCAGACUUAAUAAUCCCAAGAGCCUUGAAGCAGGUAUUGACACAUGAAGUUAAAGAAAGCCCCAGCCCCUUAUAUAAAAAGGGUGCAUCAAGAAAAGAAUAGCGUAAUAGAACCAUCUCAAGGUAAUCAAAGCUGCAGUAGCAUUGAGCAGAAGCUAGACACCGAGGAAAUAAAAAGAGUAUCAUAUCAUUCAUGUUACUUGUGAUUUCUUAUAAUGAGUCGUCAUCAAUAGCUAGUAGACCGCUGUAAUUUUAAGACUUUCGUAAUGAACAUUAAGUGCACUAUGAUGCAAGAAUGUACUCUUGCUUUUGACUGAAGACCAGGGUUAAGAAGAAGUUACCUCCUUCAUGAAGGAUGAGCAAGUAUAAUCCAGGCCAAAAAGGAAGACUUUUCACUAGAUAAUUUCCCAGAAUAGUAGGUAUACACCAUGUAGUUCAGUGAGUGAAUGAGUCUUGCAUGAAAAGCACAGUCAAAUUCCAGGUGGCCAUCAUUAGGCAUUUACAACUGGUUUUGAGACACCUGCUAAGACCAGGAGUAUUUAUGAGAAACAGUCUUCUCUAUGUAUUAUGAUGGAUUAUAUUCACAUAUUGAAAUCUGAAGCUGGGUGUAUGAUUUUCUGUUUUUGUAUGUAUAAGUAUCACAAUUAGUAAAUCUCUAGAGUACAUAAACCUAAUUUUUAUAUAUCCAUUCAUUCAUUCAACGUAUGUUUACUGCGUAGCUCCUAUGUGUAGACACUGUACAAAGUAAUAGGGGUUUAUUCAUUCACUGAGCAUAUAAAGUAUCUACUGUGUGCCAGACACCAUUCUAUAUUCUGAAUGUAGCAGUGAACGAGACAGUUGUGCUGCCUUAUGCUAUUUUUAAGAAACACUUUAUUAUCCUUAUUUCCAGAUGAUUUUUUUGUAGUUGGGGAGAGGAAGGCAAUACACUUGAACUUUUAUUUCUUGGUUCUCCACAGACCUUGGUUAAGUGGCUAUUGUUAUCUUAAGUUUUUAUUCCCUAAAGUGGUAUAUAACUGUACAGAGUUCAUAUUUUAAAGGAUCAAUAGAUUUGAAAGUUAUUUGUAAUGACAGGGUAAUCUGUCAUUACAGAUUAUCUGUAGUUCUAGGUACUACAUUUGUAGUACCUAGAACAUGGUUGUCAAAAUACUCAUUUUGAGACUGUUUCUCUCUCUCCGUUUUUUUCCUCUCCAUAACACUUAUCUAUUCACUUCAAAGGAGUUCUCAUCUUAGAUUACCACAGUGGGAUGUACAGCCAGAAAAGAAACAACACCUUGAAAAUACAUUGAGAAAAUUGAUACAUGUAUUUUUCUAAAAAUCAGUAGACAGUACCUUUCAGAUGGUUCUAAAGGUGAAGAUAUAUUUUCCUAUUCCAAAGACAAUCACAUUGGUUUAGACUACAUUUGGAGUCCAUUAUUAAUAAGGGGAAAAAUGUUCAUAAUUUCAGCAUACUCUGAAACUGUUUCUGACUUAUCAGUUAAAAGCCCUCAAUAUGUGGUUAAUGCAUUUAGAAAAUUAAGUUGCUCAAACUUCUCAAGGUAACAGUAAAAAAAAAAUAAAGUUUUUAAAAGUGUAAUGAGUAGAAUAUUUAAUAUUGACCUAAAGUCUACAAUUUUUUAAAAACUAAAUAUACAGUAAAUUAUUGUGUUUACUCUGUC